AGUUUCGGGCGCCCAGGUUCUGCAGCCAGCGCCAAGCGGAGCCCAGCAUCCGCUCAGACUGACCUCAGUAGCCAGAGGUGGAGCGCGUAGCCGGGGCCAGGCGCGCAGAGCUCGGAGCGGCGGCGAGUGAGCACAACUUUGCAUCGCCCUUCCCCGCUUCGGCUCUCGCCCAGCACUUCUCGGGAGGGUCCCAGCAGCCGGGGCCAGUGCGUGCGCCCGGAACCGGCGCCCGAGCGGGCGGGGAAGAUGAUGAUGAUGUCCUUGAACAGCAAGCAGGCGUUCAGCAUGCCGCACGGCGGCGGCCUGCACGUGGAGCCCAAGUACUCGGCCUUGCACAGUGCCUCGCCGGGGUCCUCGGCUCCCGUGGCGCCCUCCGCCAGCUCUCCGAGCAGCUCCAGCACCGCCGCCGGCGGCGGCGGGAGCGGCGGGGGCGGCGGAGGCCGGAGCAGCAGCUCCAGCAGCAGCGGCAGCAGCAGCGGCAGCGGCGGGGGCUCCGAGGCGAUGCGGAGAGCGUGUCUUCCAACCCCACCGAGCAAUAUAUUCGGCGGGCUGGAUGAGAGUCUGCUGGCCCGCGCCGAGGCUCUGGCGGCGGUGGACAUCGUCUCCCAGAGCAAGAGCCACCACCAUCACCCGCCCCACCACAGCCCCUUCAAGCCGGACGCCACCUACCACACCAUGAACACCAUCCCCUGCACAUCGGCUGCCUCCUCCUCGUCCGUGCCCAUCUCGCACCCGUCCGCGCUGGCGGGCACGCACCACCACCACCAUCAUCACCACCAUCACCACCAUCAGCCGCACCAGGCGCUGGAGGGCGAGCUGCUGGAGCACCUGAGCCCCGGGCUGGCGCUGGGGGCCAUGGCGGGCCCCGACGGCGCCGUGGUGUCCACUCCAGCUCACGCGCCGCACAUGGCCACCAUGAACCCCAUGCACCAAGCUGCUCUCAGCAUGGCCCACGCGCACGGGCUGCCCUCGCACAUGGGCUGCAUGAGCGACGUGGACGCCGACCCCCGGGACCUGGAGGCAUUCGCCGAGCGCUUCAAGCAGCGACGCAUCAAGCUGGGGGUGACCCAGGCCGAUGUGGGCUCCGCGCUGGCCAACCUCAAGAUCCCCGGCGUGGGCUCGCUCAGCCAGAGCACCAUCUGCAGGUUCGAGUCCCUCACUUUGUCUCACAACAAUAUGAUCGCGCUCAAACCCAUCCUGCAAGCGUGGCUAGAGGAGGCGGAGAAGUCUCACCGCGAGAAGCUCACCAAGCCCGAGCUCUUCAACGGCGCGGAGAAGAAGCGCAAGCGCACGUCCAUCGCGGCGCCAGAGAAGCGGUCGCUGGAAGCCUACUUCGCCAUCCAGCCGCGGCCCUCCUCCGAAAAGAUCGCCGCGAUCGCCGAGAAGCUGGACCUUAAGAAAAACGUGGUGCGCGUCUGGUUCUGCAACCAGAGGCAGAAACAGAAAAGAAUGAAAUAUUCCGCGGGCAUUUAGGAGACCCACUUUAGGCCUCUCCAGGGACAGGCCCCCUCCUCAUCUCUCCCCCACCCCCCCCACCCCUCUUGCCUUUUUUCUUUCCAUUUUUUCGCGACCUGAAAACAAUUCCAGUAAAUGUGAAUCCAGAAAAAGCGAGGAUUGAAGAGCGAGCGAACGCGUGAGCUACUGAGCCCAAGCCCGGUGAGAAUGUGAAACGAUUUCUCAAAGGAAAGAAAAGCAAAAGAAGGGAUUUGUCAAGUUGUAGCAAAGUUGUCCCUUUCGACCCCACCCACUCGGAAAAGGCACCUCGGCCUCUUCAGAGGAAGUCUGGAGCUGGCUGUUUGCAGGAAGGCAGACGAGACAGCCUUUUAAAAGGCCCCCAGAAUGAUCAAGUAAGAUUUGUUUUUAUUCCUAAAGACGUCACCCUUGUUCAAGUUUAAAAGUACACUUUGCAGCUAUUUUUCAGAAAUAGAAAUUGAUUCAGGACUGAAACUUUAAACUAGAGUUAAUGCUUAAUGUGAUAGAGACAUCUCUAAAGUAUUUUGAAUUAAAAAAAAAAGAUGGCAGAUUUUCUGCAUUUACACUGUAUAUUAUAUAUAUAUUUUUAUUGUGGUUCUUACCCCCUUCUUCCUUCUCUGAAGUGUUAAUGCUUAAGAAAGGAGUUGCGCCUGCUGUGUUCACUGAUCUUGAAAGCUAUUAUUAGAUUAUUGCUGAACAACCCUCUGUAAAUUAUUAAUUUAUCUCUCUAGCAACUUAAUUUGUGCACAUUCUAAUUAAUUAAACUUCUUUAGUCUUAACAAACCGGUGGUGGGGGGAGUAUAGCUAGUGAAGUUAAAAUUUUUUUAUGUUUAAUGAGUUUACUGAAUUUAUACAGUUUUCCUCUUAUACUGUGUUCCUUUUGGCCCAUUUGUAUAUUCUCACUUUGAAUGAAGGUUGUUUUUUUCUUUGUUUUCACUGGUAGUGUUCUGAUUUGUGAGUCAAUACUCAGUAAUGGAUGUCUUAACCGUAUAGACCUGAUUCACUGUCCAAAGUAUUGUUUACUUUGCUACAUAUUUAAUGGGGAUUCCCACACAUGCACUCUCUCACUCACUCUUACACACACACACACACCUCUAAUGGAAGAGAAGUCAAGCAGUUGGAAGCAUGAAUAUGAUGCAUCAUUUUCUAGCUUUAGGUGCGUUUGUCACUUGGUGUUUGCCCUUCCAGAUUUUAAGAUUUCACCAAGGUAUUUCAGUCUUCUAGUUUUCAAUUGCUUUGUGGACUACAUUUUAACAUUUACAAGAAUCCUUCCUCCUUCCAUUUUUCCUUUUGGAGGUUUGUUUGUAGAAAAACUAAUCUGAACUAUAAGAAAGACAGUGCACUGCUUGUAAAUUCACAUUGUUUGGUAGAAUUCUUUUGAAACAACAAAAAGAAUUAGGUACAUGAUGACUGGUACCUUAUCUAUUGUAAAUAUUUCAUUCAAAAUGAUGCACAUAUAGAUAUAUUCUUACAAAUUUUGCUGUAUUGCUGUUCCAUUUAAGGCUCUCUGAAGUCUUGAAUUCUGUAUAUGACCUGGUUUCUUGUUUUUGUUACUAGAUGGUUUAUUUACUAUGGUAAUGUACUAAGUUAUUUUUGGUGUUGUUUGAUUGUCUUUCAUUGAAGAGAUGAUUUUAAUGUUUUAUUGGCAAAGUAUGCUGCUUUUUUUCAUUAAAAUAUGCUAUUAAAAUUAAAUGGAUUUUAAAA